AUGGGCAUGUCUGCACUGCUUGUUGUGGGUGGUCUUGUGGCCAAAUGCUGGAAUUCAAUGGAGGAGGAGCAGCUGAAGGAGGAGAUGGCCCAACGGGAGGCGCUUGCCAAACGGGAGCGCGAGCUGCGGAUGCAGGAGUUUGAGACCAUGCGGGCCUCGCAGCGGGAGACCAUCUACAAGCUCAUUGCCAUGCAAGAAGCCGAGGUUGCAGUCGGGGAUGCCGAUGAUGCGCUCGACGGCGAGGAUCUGACCGUCGACGCCAUCCGCCACUCAGCUAACGUAUCCAAGCGCAAGCGCCGCGCCAUCGAGCGCCAUGGCCUCCCGCCGGCUCGGAUGACGACGCCGGCGUUUGUAGUCGAGGCCGAGGCUGCCGCUGCAUCGGCCGUCCGCGCCCUCGCUGACGCCGACGGCGAGCUCGUCGCCGCCCGGCUCGCCUUCAAAAAGGCUCGGCAGCUUGAGGCCGCCGCCAAAUCCAAAGACGACGACAUUCGCAGCGCCAAGGCGCGGGUGGCGCACUCGGCCCGUUCGCUCGACAACGCGCUCGACGUCUCGGCCAUGCUCAAGGAAGAGCUUGCGCUCCGCAAGAAGCUCGCCGCCAAGCUGAAUGCCAAGGCCGAGCCGGCUGCCGGCCGCUCGCCGGCUACUCCGAUGUCGGGCUCGACCGGUGCCUCGGACGUUCUGCGCGCCAUCGAAUUGCGCUCGCCGCCGUCGCCGUACGCGCAGCGCGGAGGCAGUGGCGCCCCGCCGCCCGACACUGCCGCAGCCACCCCGGGCCCUGCCAGCAGUGCCGACGCCAGCGCAUCCGACGCCGACAGCGAGCUCAACGCCGCCCAGCUUGCGCUCGGCGGCGAUGCCUCGACGCCGCACCGGAGCCGAAGCACACAGAAGCGGCGCACCGAGGGGCUUGGCCGCCGCCGCCGCGCGCAAAGCGCGCAGGGCAUGAACGCAAGCAGAAGCAAGCCAGGCCGCAGGAAGCGCCGCGGUUCGCAGUCCGGUGGCCUGUUAGUGUACUCGGAUGGGCAGCGCGAACUCGUCGAGGCCCGUAAGAGCGAGACCCGUGCGUUGCUCGAGAUCGAGGCCGUCGCCCGUGACACUGUCCGCAUGAACGAUCUGCUCGUUCGCGAGCAGCGGCUAACCGCCAAAGCCAAGGCCAAGGUCGAGAAGACCAAGGCCACGCUGGUGGCCAUGCAGGCCAAGGCCGAUGCCAUGGACAAGGAAGAAGCUGACAUGCAGCGCAAGAUAGUGCUCCUCAAUCGUGAGCUGAAGUCGCUGGCAACCCGCCUCGAGGCCAAGACCCGGGUGGCGCUUGCCGAGCUCGAGAAGAAGCUCUCGUUUGAGCAGGAUCAGGCCGUCAACCAGGCAGCUCGCGCCGGUGCCGAGCAGGCAGAGUUGCUUCGGACGUCGCCCGAGGCGCUCGGCGCGCUUCGUUCCAAGGCUCACGAUGCCGUCGAGCUGCUUGUCACGCUCAAGGCGACUCGGAGCCAGCUGAAAGAAGAGAUCAGGGAGUGCCGGGUCCAGCGGCGCGAGCUGGACGUGUGA